AUGUGGCAGCAUUACUACAAGUAUUUAAAUGCAACCAUUAAUAUUGUUCCUUUUUCCUUUCAGCCCAAGUCUCUGGGACAGACGCUGCUGAUGGAGGUUUUCCAAAGAGGAAACAUUAUGGAAAGUGAUUACUUUGGCCUGGAGUUUCAAAACACGCAGAUGAACUGGGUUUGGCUUGAACCAACUAAGCUCAUUGUGAGACAAGUUAGAAGGCCUGCAAAUACACUAUUUAGACUCUCUGUAAAAUUCUUCCCACCGGACCCUGGUCAGCUUCAGGAAGAAUAUACACGGUACUUAUUCUCAUUACAGAUGAAGAGAGAUUUAAUCGAGGGAAAGUUGAUCUGCAGCGAAAAUACAGGAGCCUUGUUGGCAUCUCACCUUGUCCAGUCUGAGAUUGGAGAUUAUGACGACGCUGCCGACAGGGACUUUCUGAAGACAAACCAGGUGUUGCCUUAUCAAGACAAAGUAGAGGACAGGAUCAUGGAGCUGCAUCGGAGACACGUGGGCCAGACUCCAGCUGAAUCAGACUUUCAAAUCCUAGAAAUUGCCCGAAAACUGGAAAUGUAUGGCGUGCGCUUCCACCCCGCAGCCGAUCGUGAAGGCACCAAGAUCAACCUCUCUGUGGCGCACAUGGGCCUGCAAGUUUUUCAGGGUAAUACAAAAAUCAACACUUUUAACUGGUCUAAGAUUCGCAAACUGAGCUUCAAAAGGAAACGCUUCUUAAUCAAGCUCCACCCUGAAGUCCAUGGUCCUCACCAGGACACUCUGGAGUUUAUGAUGGGCAGUCGAGACCAGUGUAAGAUCUUCUGGAAGAUCUGUGUAGAGUACCAUUCAUUUUUCCGCUUGUUUGAUCAGCCCCAGCCCAAAAACAAAGCUAAACUGUUCACCAGAGGCUCCUCUUUCAGAUACAGUGGAAGAACUCAGAAACAACUUGUGGAGUUUGUUAAAGAAAAUGGAGCAAAGCGGACACCCUAUCAGAGGAGGAACAGUAAAAUACGAAUGUCUGCUCGCUCCAUCACCACCGAUGUGCCAAAACAGAGUUUAUCUUUCAAUGACAGCCUCAGGGCCCAAGGCUCUCCCUCCUCUAUGUCUUUCCACCCAGCACACAUGUCCAACAUCUCCAGUCUCCACUCGAGACAGGAUGUCCCGCCCCCCUACGGCCUCAUCCACAGUGUGGCGCCUCCUCUGCAGCAGGUCCAGCCGCUGUCCCCUCCUCAGACCACCAGACCCCCGAGUCCGCCGAAGGAAGACUCUGUCAAGGCCGCUGCCCCGUCUCAAUUGGCUUUUCAAGAUUCGGUGGACAGCCCGCAGCUCUCCCCAUGUAUCUCCAAAGGUCCUCUCUGUCUGUCUCCCUCCUUUCAAAUGUCCACCCUGAGUCUGCCGGGACACUCCUCACCCCUGCAAAGCCCCAUCCUGACUGAAGGGGGCAGCACCACCAAACUGGAGGAAGAAGAGGAGGGCAGGAGGAAGCGUUACCCCACAGACAAGGCCUACUUCAUUGCCAAAGAGAUUCUGACCACGGAGCGAACAUAUCUGAAGGAUCUUGAGGUCAUCACUGUGUGGUUUCGCAGCGCAGUGAUCAAAGAGAACGCGAUGCCCGAGGGCCUCAUGAACCUGCUCUUCUCAAACAUUGACCCCAUCUAUGAAUUUCACCGCGGUUUCCUCAAAGAGCUGGACCAGCGGCUGGCCCUGUGGGAGGGGCGGUCAAACGCUCACGUCAAAGGGGACUACCAGAGGAUCGGUGACGUCAUGCUCCGAAACAUGUGUGCGCUAAAGGAGUUCACCAGUUACCUGCAGAAACACGAUGAGGUGCUGACGGAGCUGGAGAAGGCCACGAAGCGUCUGAAGAAACUGGAGACGGUUUAUAAAGAGUUCGAGCUACAGAAAGUCUGUUAUUUACCUCUGAACACGUUUCUGCUGAAGCCGAUCCAGCGCCUCAUGCACUACAAGCUCAUACUGGAGAGACUGUGCAAGCACUACUCCCCAGCACACAAGGACUACGACGACUGCAAGGAGGCCUUGAAGGAAGUGGCUGAGAUUGCGACUCAGCUCCAGAGCAGUUUGAUCCGACUGGAGAACUUCCAAAAGCUGACAGAGCUGCAGAGGGACCUAAUCGGGAUCGAAAACCUGACCGCCCCUGGACGAGAAUUCAUCAGAGAGGGAUGUCUAUACAAACUGACAAAGAAAGGGUUACAGCAGAGAAUGUUUUUCCUGUUCUCAGAUAUGCUCCUCUACACAAGCAAAGGAGUUACAGCAACCAACCAGUUUAAAGUUCACGGCCAGCUCCCUCUUCAUGGCAUGAUUGUUGAAGAAAGUGAAAAUGAGUGGUCUGUCCCGCACUGCUUCACCAUCUACUCUGCUCAGAGGACCAUCGUUGUGGCCGCCAGCUCAAAAGUGGAAAUGGGAAAAUGGAUUGAGGAUUUGAACUUUGCCAUCGACAUGGCCAAGAAAUCUCAGGAGAAGUCCAGUGUGUUCAUUGACUCUCAACUAUGUGAUCGCUCCAACCGCUCGUCAGAUGAGGUUUCUUUGGAGCAGGAGUCGGAGGAUGACAUGAACUCUUCACGCACGUCUUUAGACAAGCAGACACACCACCGCGCCAACACCACCAUGCACGUGUGCUGGCACCGCAACACCAGUGUGUCUAUGUCUGACCACUGCCAGGCCGUGGAGAACCAGCUCUCCGGAUACCUGCUCAGAAAGUUUAAAAACAGUAACGGGUGGCAGAAACUCUGGGUUGUUUUUACCAACUUCUGCUUGUUCUUCUACAAGACACACCAGGACGACUUCCCACUGGCCAGUCUCCCUCUGCUGGGAUAUACAGUGAGCACCCCUGAUGAGACUGACAGCAUCCACAAAGAGUACGUCUUCAAACUGCAGUUCAAGUCCCAUGUGUACUUCUUCAGAGCCGAGAGCGAGUACACCUUUGAACGAUGGAUGGAAGUGAUCAAGAGCGCCGCCAGUACGACAGGCCGGAUGACUCUACUCAUCCCCAAAGGAGGAACUCCCAUGGAAAUUAAUGGGAACGGAAUUUAAACAGUUUUACUCUGAGGGCUGGGCCUUCAGCAGAAACCUUUUCACUUUUAACAAGAAUCAAAGCAUUUCAACUGGAGACUGAUUCAUACUUUCAGUUUAAACACUUAAUGUUUCUAAUUAUGUGUGCAUUGUUUUUGUUUUUUCAUUGAUGUAUAACACUUGUUGUGAUGGAUCACAAGGGAGAUACUAUAUUGUCAAAUGUUGCCCAACCAGGCCAUUAUAGACUGAUCAACAUAGCAGGUUAGUAUUUUAUGGGACCAAUUUGAACACAAAGGACUUCAUGCUUGUUUUGUUUUUUUGUUUGUUUGUUUUUUGACUGAAACUGUGUGGCUAUGAUCUGAACAAAGAUGACCUAUUGCAUGUGCUAGUGGUGAGUGAAAGAAAGGAGACUUUGCAUUGUAAUUCAAGGAACAUGCUACUGUGCAAAAGUUUGACCUUUUAUGGUGUAUCAAAACUGUGUUGAAAAAGUUUAAAAUAGUAGCAUAAAGGAACACUCUAUGGAUCGGACAAAAGGAAAUGACGAAAACAGAAUAUCUGAAAAUGGACGUAGUUGCGUAAUAAAGAGCAUAAACCUCUGCCAAGGCACUGUUUAUAUCCGGCAAAGGUAAACAUAUAGUGCCCAGAUCUAAAGGAAAUCUGUUUACACCGUGCCACAAAUCUCACAGUUAUAAUAAAAAACAUUGCUUUGAUUUUGUACAUUAUUACUGGUUACUAAAACUUUUGCACAGUAUUGAAUAUUGACUGAAAGGAACAAAAGGGUUAACUGAAGGUGUAAUAAAAGUUGCUGCAUUUUGACAGAUAUAUUGGAUGUUUUAAGGACAGUCACAGAAGCGUCCAGGUUUCAGGCAUUACUAAAAGCUUAGAGUACCAACUAUUUUCCCACUUUGUAUUUAUCUUAGCAGUAUUUAUUUCAAAGCCAGUGGAAUCUAAAGGGUCUGUUUACCUCUUAUUAGAAAAGGGAGCUUGUCUUGCUUUAUAGUUUUCCUAUAAAAACCUAUUUGGUGCUACACAUUUCAAUAUCAGGCCGUGUAAUCCUUUUUACUUUGCAUUGUGUGGUUAACAGAAGAACAUCAAGCUAGCGUUACUUUAAAUGUCUUUUCCAUGAAGAACAUAUUUUUGAAGUGAUUUUUCCGCCACUGUUUUAGAAGAGUUUUGAGAUUUGCGCUAACAUCAGUGGCGUAGCUACAGUAUGUCCAUCUGUGGUACUUUUGUUUAUUUUAUGAAGCUGAAACUGGAAUCAUUGUAUGUAUUUGUGUGGAGAAGCCAAAAUGUUAGACUAUGCCUUUAAAACCCUCUGGAGCUAAAUGAGGAGGUGAUGAUAGGGGUGCAUUCUUGUGUUAGAGACUGCUGCACGGCUAACACUACGUAUUUAUUGGAUGGCAUAUCAUCAAGUAUGUGUAGUCCCCAUGUUAUUUCAAUGGAAGGCUAACGAAUUAAACAGAUUGUUUGGAAUAUCAA